CAUCUCUUCCUUUCUCUCCUCGGAUCAUCCCAAAACAACAACACCUCACAACAAGUUCGCGGGCGGCCUGGUAAACAUCAUCGUUACCAGUGUCCCAACCCGCACACCCACAAUGUAGCCCCCCAUGGUUUCCCGCGUACCCAUGGGAGCAGGAGGGCUUUUCAGCACAAAGACCGCUGCGGCCAGUCACACCAGAACCUGGCCCGGUCUAGUGCUUGUCCUCCUGCUGCUAUCGCUCCAAGUCCUGGCUCCAGGACUGGGCAUGACCAGUCAUGACCAUUACGAUCUGAUACACGACACUCACGACCUGAUGUUUGGGUUCUUGAGCCCGGCAUCACGACGACACAAGCGGACCGCCCUCCGGCCCGCCACGAACCCCGAAGACGAGAGAUUUCUUGGCAAUGAACUAGAGUCCCUGUUGGAUCGUUCAUACCUUUUCUCACUCGACCCCCUCACCCUUCCAUACCUACACCAUAUCACCCUUCGACCUCGCGAGGCGCCCGAAACCAAACACGGCGUCUCAGUUGAUGUUGCGCGCGCAAUGUUGCACGGGCCUGAUGGAUCCUUAUCUGCUGAAUGUCAUCUCGACUAUCCUUGUUUCACAAGACGACCCAUCCCACCGUGCCCCACCACCAACAGCGCACCUACAGGCGAAGACGGCCCUGACCUCUGCAGUGCAUGACAACCUGCGACAACUUCCAGUGUCGCGACCGUCUCACAGCACUGUGGAACAUGACCGUCCGAGCCUGUCCAACUCAGAAGUCUGACACAAUAGCCGUGCGACGCGUUUCC